GACUGUUUCAAAGCACGAGAGAAUUGGAAAACCUACACAGUCGAUCAGAGUGGUAUCUCUCUCAGUCACCAUUUCCAGUUGCCAACUAGUUCACACUCUUAAAUUCCAUUAAUUUAAGCCUUGAUUUAGUUUAGUUUUCCGCUCUCACCCAAAACCCACAGCACCUCCAUCGCCAACCCGGCAUUCACUCUCUUCCUUCCACUUGCCAUUUUUGGCUCACUUCGAUCACCUCCCAUUUUGGUCACGCCAUCGUUAGACCAGGAGGAGUUGCAUUAAAGCUUUGAUCCUUUUGGCAUCUGGGGUUCUUCUCAUUCUUUCUAAUUUUACGAUUUUCCGAUCCGGGAAUUCCUGAUUUCGCAUCUGGUCAUAGAAUAUUUGAUUCAGGAUAUUGGAAAAGUUGUGUGCUUUUUCGUUUCUGUGAAGCAUGGAUUCCUGCUGUGCGACAUUGAGGCCCAAUGGGUUCUUGGGGGAGAGUGUGAGGUUGGGUUCAAAGAGCAGAGAUUUGAGUGCCGUGUUUCUCAAAAGCUCUAAAUUUGAAAGCAGAGGUAGGAAGCUUAAGCCUCCUGGUGUGGCUUACUCCAUGUUUACCGAUGUCAACAAAGAGACUGUGACGUUUCAGGCACCACUGUUUGAGACUCAAAAGGCUGACCCCAAAAAUGUGGCUUCUAUAAUUUUGGGUGGAGGUGCCGGAACUCGCCUCUUUCCUCUCACCAGCAAGAGAGCCAAGCCGGCGGUUCCGAUUGGAGGGUGUUACAGGCUGAUUGAUAUCCCAAUGAGCAAUUGCAUUAACAGUGGCAUUAAAAAGAUAUUCAUAUUAACGCAAUAUAACUCGUUUUCCCUCAAUCGUCACCUUGCUCGUACUUAUAAUUUCGGGGAUGGUAUGAAUUUCGGAGAUGGAUUUGUGGAGGUUUUGGCUGCCACUCAAACACCAGGAGACGCUGGGAAGAGAUGGUUCCAAGGAACAGCUGAUGCUGUCAGGCAAUUUAUAUGGGUCUUCGAGGAUGCAAAGAACAAAAAUGUUGAGCAUAUACUGAUAUUAUCCGGCGAUCAUCUAUACAGGAUGGACUAUCUGGACUUUAUACAGAAACAUAUUGAUACAAAUGCCGACAUUACAGUUUCAUGUAUACCCAUGGAUGAAAGCCGGGCAUCAGAUUACGGACUCAUGAAAAUAGACCAGUCAGGGCGUAUAAUCCAAUUUGCUGAAAAACCAAAAGGCGCUGACCUAGAAGCAAUGCAAGUUGACACCACUGUUCUGGGGCUUUCUGAUCUGGAGGCUAUGAAUUCUCCUUAUAUUGCAUCGAUGGGUGUUUAUGUGUUCAGAACUGAUGUCCUACUAAAGCUAUUAAGGUGGAGCUAUCCUUCUUGCAAUGAUUUUGGCUCCGAGAUUAUUCCAUCAGCUGUGAGGGAGCACAACGUCCAGGCAUACCUAUUCAAUGACUACUGGGAGGAUAUUGGAACUGUAAAGUCUUUCUUUGAUGCAAACUUGGCCCUCACAGAACAGCCUCCGAAGUUUGAAUUCAAUGAUCCAAAGACACCCUUUUACACCUCUCCUAGAUUCUUGCCACCUACAAAAGUUGAAGAAUGCAGGAUUAUGGAUGCAAUUAUUUCUCAUGGUUGCUUCUUGCGAGAGUGUAGCGUUCAACAUUCCAUUGUAGGUGUACGCUCGCGUCUAGAGUCCGGUGUAGAACUUAAGGAUACUAUGAUGAUGGGUGCAGACUACUACCAAACGGAAUCUGAGAUUGCAUCUCUGCUAGCUCAAGGAAAGGUUCCAGUUGGUGUCGGAGAAAAUACCAAAAUCUGGAAUUGCAUAAUCGACAAGAACGCCAAGAUAGGAAGAAAUGUGGUGAUCACAAAUGGCGAUGGAGUUGAAGAAGCAGAGAGGGCGGACGAAGGAUUUUACAUAAGGUCAGGGAUCACAGUCGUAUUGAAGAAUGCAACGAUUAAAGAUGGAACUGUCAUCUAAAUCUAUCAGUUCGACUGCGAGGUACUUGUUCCGAUCGAGCCACGGUGAACGGUACCUUGAUGAAGUUUGUCUGUGGCUUUAACUUGAUGUGGUAGCUGAAAAAGGCUUGCUUCUGUAAAUUAACAUGUUUCCUUGAUGUAUGUAACAAAACAUUCUAGUUACUUGAUAAGAUCAAUGAAGCUCUUUCUUUCGUUUAUA